AUGAGCUGGAUACCGAAGGCCAAUGCAGCAGUGGCUCAGAGCCCUGUUGGGCGCUACUUUCGGUUAGAAGGUAGCGGUCACCCCAAGGAACGAAAGGGGACCUACUUCUUCACGGAAAUCCGAGCUGGUCUCGCGACGUUCUUCGCCAUGGCCUACAUCAUCUCGGUCAACGCAAGCAUCAUCUCUCAGUCAGGCGGUACUUGCGAAUGCGAUUACGCCAACUCCCCCGAUGUAUGCGACAGCGAUCCGGCGUAUAUGCUCUGUGUGCAAGAAGUCAACCGAGAUCUUGUAACUGCUACCGCUGCCAUCUCUGCCCUGUGUAGUGUUGCGAUGGGAUUACUCGCUAACAUGCCAAUUGCCAUUGCUCCUGGCAUGGGACUGAAUGCUUAUUUCACGUACAACGUCGUUGGAUACCACGGGACUGGCAACAUUCCAUAUGAAACGGCGUUGACUGCCGUGUUUCUGGAAGGCUUUGUGUUCGUUGCGCUGACCAUUCUCGGCCUACGACAAUGGCUGGCUCGUGCAAUUCCGCAUUCGAUCAAGAUGGCAACUGGCGUUGGCAUCGGUCUGUACUUGACACUCAUCGGAUUGACCUACAGCGCCGGAAUUGGUCUCGUUACGGGUGCCGCCUCAACUCCACUUGAGCUUGCAGGUUGUGUCGAAACAGCUCUGGUGGAUGGCGUCUGCCCGUCUGGCGUAAAGAUGAGGAGUCCAACAAUGUGGAUCGGUAUCUUCCUCGGAGGAGUCAUGACUGUCUUCCUUAUGAUGUUCAGAGUCAAGGGAGCCAUCAUCGCCGGCAUUCUCCUGGUUAGCAUUACCUCAUGGCCGCGUGUGAGCGAGGUGACCUACUUCCCGUACAACGAUCUCGGUAACGCGCGGUUCGACUUCUUCAAGAAGGUCGUCACAUUCCACCCCAUCCAGAAAGUCCUAGCAGUGCAGGACUGGGACAUUGCUGCCCACGGCGGCCAAUUUGCUGUGGCAUUCAUCACCUUCCUUUAUGUUGAUAUUCUCGACUGCACUGGUACCAUGUACUCUAUGGCUCAGUACUGCGGUGCCAUCGACGAAGAGACCCAGGACUUCGAAGGUUCUGCCAUUGCAUACAUGGUCGAUGCGCUUGGCGUCUCCAUUGGAUCUCUUUUCGGCUGCUCUCCUGUCACCGCAUACAUCGAAUCUGGUGCUGGUAUCUCGGAAGGUGGCGGCACUGGAUUGACUGCCAUUGUUACUGGAUUGGCAUUCUUCAUUUCCAUCUUCUUUGCCCCGAUUUUCGCCUCCAUACCUCCUUGGGCAACUGGAUGUACCCUCGUUAUUGUUGGCAGCUUGAUGUGCAAGUCUGCUGCCGACAUCAACUGGCGCUACGUUGGCGACGCUGUUCCGGCGUUCCUGACCAUUGCCAUUAUKCCAUUCACCUACUCCAUCGCGUACGGUCUGAUUGCAGGAAUUGUGUCAUACAUCCUCCUCAACACCGGUGUGUGGCUCAUCGAGAUAGCCACCGGUGGCCGUCUCAAGCCAGCAAACAAAGAACUGAAGGAGUACUGGACGUAUAAGCUGCCGGGUGGCGUCUUCCCGCCAUGGCUGAAGCGUGCUGCCAAGGGAAAGAAGGACUUCUGGCGGACAGACGAUGGCGAAUCGGGUAUUGCUCCAGGUCGUGUAUUUGAUGGCAAGGAGAUGAAGUCGGACAUUCAGGAGACGCGGAGCAGUAGCCGAAGUGGCGAUGAUGCCCCAAGAGCCGUCAGCCCCAUCAUGAAGGAAGAGAGAUAG